AUGGCGAUGGCGGGCAAAGGCUUUCAUAGCGGUGGAGAAGAGAUUGAUGACCACUAUGUAACACAGUUACAGUCAUUAAUGCGAGGAUAUUUGACAAGGAGAAAUCUUCAGAUUGCGAGAGAGGAAUACGAACAUAUUUUUUCUGAAAUUGAAGGAAGUGAGAAAAUAUUUGUUUGCUGGCCUCUCAACAGUCUUUGUUUGCCAAAGACACAGAAAGAUCGUCCAGUAAAGAAAGAAUGUCAUGGAUCUUUAGUAGUUUUGAGUAAUGAGACACCAGUGGAAAAGGACAAAACUCAAAAGUUUGAGGAAAUUGUGCCACUUGUUCCAAACAAUAAUUUUGAUUUUUCUAUAUCAAAAGAAACAAACAGUCAAGAAAAAUGUACUGCAGAAACACAGACAAGUUUUAUAGAAGAUCAUAAUCUGAAAUUAUCAUUAGGUUCUAGUCUUAUUUCACAAAAAACAGAUAUAGAAGAUGGAGAUCAGAGUGUACAAGUCCAGGACGAUAUGUACACAUUCAGCAGAGAGAACAGUUUUACAGAUCAUUCUGAUGCAGAUAGGCUUCCUCACCUUGUCGAGCCAUCUUGUGAUGCAUUCAGCUUAAGGCAUAUUCAUCCAUCAAGUAACUAUGAUGACAAAAGUGGUCUUCCUCUAAAGUCUCCUGAUUCAUCAGGUGGCUUUGAACAUUCAGAAAAGAAUUCUGGAAGUCAUUCGAGCUCUGGAAGAUCUCAGGUUAAAAGUUCAAGGACCUAUUCUGAAAGAAAGGAUGGAAGUAGAUCAGCAGUGAAUACAAAAAGAUCAAACACUGAUUAUGAAAAGUCAGCUGUCAUUACUACACAAUCUAAUGAGAAGUCUUAUAUGUCAAAUGACAGUUCUGAUCAAUCAGAGCCAAAAUCUAAUAGGUCAGAGGUCAAAUCUUAUAGAUCCAAUGUCAGUUCAGGUCAAUCAGAGCUCAAAUCUGAUAGGUCAGAGAUCAAAUCCAAUAGAUCUAAUGUUAGUUCUAGAUCAGGUCGGUCAGGGAUCAAAUCCGAUAUGUCAGAGGUCAAAUCUUGUCGAUCAGGAGUAAAAUCUGAUUGGUCAGACAUCAAAUCUAAUCAUUCAGUAAUCAAAUCUGACAGGUCAGAGGUCAGUCUGCCGAACAAAGAACAGGAAGACUUGAUAGAUAAAGAACCAGACUUGAUGACACCAGGAAGGUACAUGCGUGAAUCGUCUGUUAUAACCAAUGUCACUUCAGUGUGGGACAGUUUUUCUUCCACAACAGGUUAUAUUCCCUCUCCAGGGACCAUCACAGAUGAUCCACAAUCUCUGAUGGAAAUGAGGAAAAAUAUUGCUAUGGAGUUACUAUGGGUUCAGCAAGCCAUUAAUAGUCGGAAAAAUUACCUGAAGUUGAAGGACCAAAUGAAGACACCUGUGUGCAGUACAUGAUUGCUUACUCAGGAUAAUUUAACUACAUGGUGUGAAAAAUGAAACAGAUACUACUAGUUCUAGGGCUAUUUUAGUGUGAGGUAGUUAUAUUGGGGAGUAGGGCGGGGGCACGUAUGAAAGUAGAUCAUAAGGAUGAUAGAUUGAGAGGUGUGAAUUAAAUGUUGAAAUUUAUUUAAGUAGU